AUGGUCUGCUCAAAAUGCCAAAAGAAGCUCAAAGCCACCGAGCUCGCCACGCCGGGCGUCAAGCGCAAGAACGACAUGUACUACGGCUCGCCGUCUAGUACACUCGGUGGCGGCGCAGACAAGGGAAAGGCGACGUUAGGCGCCACGGGAAUCGGAAAGAGCAAACUUCUCAGCGCGAAAGCAAAGAACCCGUAUGCGGCUUAUGCUUCGUCUUGUGAUAACUGCAAGGUAAAGACGGAGCAGGGGAAGAAGUUUUGCCAGCGGUGUGCUUAUCAGAGGAAUGCUUGUGCCAUGUGCGGCAAGAAUUUGGCGGGGAAGUCGGCCAAGGACCAGCCUAUUGUUCAGGGACAGAAGUUCAACAUGGCAUAG